AUGUUUCCUUAUCUCACCCUGCUUCUCUCAGAGAGAGCAAGCCAGCAAGCGAGAGCGUCAGGCUUGUCACAGCAGGACAUCCUCAACAAACCUGGGGCGAACCAAAGCGUGCACACCGUCUCAACAUCUUAUCCGCAGCAGCUUGUCGACCCGCGCAUUGCCACCGAGACACGACGCACCAAGAUGAUUUGCGCUCAGAUUCUUGGCGGGCUGGUCGUGAGUGCCAUGGUGCCUGUUUUGGUCUACCAGGGCUGGUGGGCGUUCGUCUCGCUGUCGACCCUCCUCCUGUCGCUGACAGUGGUUCAAGUGGCUAUGAAAGCUGCGCUGCAUGAUGGCCUGCCAUAUCCAUACUCUUUGACGGCCCUCCACAUGUUACUGACUGUCUUGACUGCCUUUGCUGCCGGCCCUCCACGUCCGGGUGAAUUGCGAAUGGCGCUGCAGACACUUCCACCUUCGGCGGCUGGUGGUGGCGCUGUGCUGCUCCACAAUGUGGCACUCACACAGGCCAGUGUGAGCUUUGUGACCAUGCUGGGCUCCUGCACGCCAGUGGUCACCUACUGCAUGGAGCUCGCCGUCGGCAGCCGGGACGCCACCUGGAAGAGUGCGGUUCCCGUCCUCAUGGGUUGUUUGGGAGGCGUCCUUUGUGUCCGCGGUGAGCACAGCGCCUCGUUGCUGGCGGUGGUGCUGGUCCUGUUGGGCUGCACCUCCCGCGGCGUGAAAUCUAUUUGGCAGCAGCGGCUAAUCUUCUUGGAACAACUGGGGCCAGCACGCCUUGCUGCCUGGGCAGCCGUGUGGACAUUGCUCCUGACCCUCCCUUUCGCAAUAGUUUGGGAAGGAGCCAGCUUGUUUCGAGCAAUGCCUGGUGCUUCGAAGCAUGCGCUUUGUGCUACUUUGAUCUCCUGUGUGGCGGCAGUGCUACUGAAUCUGUCGCAGUGGACAUCUAUGCGAUACUUGGGCCCGGUGAUGCAACAGAUGUUUGGCAACUUGCAGCUUGUUUUCGUGCUCAUCCUUGCGGCUGUUUGGCUUGACGAAGCUUGCUCGCCUGAACAGGUGCUAGGAACGGUCAUCCUGGUCGUUGGCGUACUUGUUGCCAAGGCCGCUCCGGAGAAGGUUCACAGCGCCAGGAAGUCCCGCCUGUCACAAGUCCCACAGCCAGGCUAUCAGGCCACAGAGACGGCGAGGAGGACGAAAUCGGAGACUGCUUGA